GAUAGCGUGUGUGGAUUUAUAAUGUAUCUUAGGUUAAUUGUCUACUGGAAUAUGAUGCCCAGGACACACAAGUGACUGUCAUUCUAGACAAAGUGAUGCGAUCAUCUCUGCACAGUACAGAAGAACUGCAGAGCAGCAGCAUGGAGGCAAUUUGUAAAGUCAGCACUCAUCAAUCUACAGGCCUUGAGAAGACCAUCACUGUGUUCAGGGGCAACGCCAGCCUGGGUAUGACAGUGAGUGCUCUAAGAGAUGGCUCAGGUAUAUUCAUCCGUUCAGUGGUUAACGGAGGUGCUGUAAGUAAAGAUGGCAGACUGAAAGUGGGAGACGGAAUCCUAGCCCUCAAUGGAGAACCCACCACCAAUCUCACCAAUACACAGGCUAGAGCUAUGCUACGCAAACAUUCACUUAUUGCACCCGAACUCAGUGUGACAUAUGUACCUGCUGCAUUCCUUGACAUGCAUCGCGCCAUCCAAUCAAAACAAGACGUCAAGGCAAGCCGAGCUACUGUCAUCCAAUCGAAACAGGAGAUGAAACUGGACCAAGCCACUAUCAUCCAUUCAAAACAGGAAAUGAAAAUGGGCCGAGCCACUGCUGCCCAAUCCUUUCAGGAGCCUAAAACUCUUGACACAGCCUUUACAAAGUGGUAAGUAAAAAGUUAAAAGGAAAUACACUUACACACAAAAAUACACUUACCCAAGGUUCUAAAAUAGGACAACAAGCUUAAUAUUUUCAACUAAAUAUUUUUAAAUAUGUAUGCAUUUUUAAUUAUUAAUGAUGAAUGCAUUUUUAGGGGAUGUAUUCCCGAACAAACCAAAGUAGAAGGAGGAAGAGUGAUUGAAAAAUCCUGUAGAGAAAGAGAGAAGGAACAAGCAGAAAACACAACACGGCUAAAAUGCAGACAUGACAGAGAGAGAAAAGAUGAACAGGAAAGGGACGCAAGAGGUAGAAUAUUUUCACUGCAAGCAAAGGGAUGGAGAAAAGAAGAGACAGAGGACAAGAGGCAGAGAAGUGAUCAGGAUUCAUGGA